AGUGCCGCAGGGACGGGGGAAGAGCCGAGGCCCGGCCUCCUACCUUCCCCAGUGCCCCUGGCUCAUUUGUCAGUCCCCACCCCACUCUAGGCCCGCUGCUCCUUAAACUCGUACCCACCGUUCAGAGGGGCCCCGGACUGUGGGCGCUGUUUUUGAAUCCUUUGGUGGGGAUUCUUGGACUUUGGGGCUCUUGGAAAGACUUCCGGGCAGGUCCUGAGGGAGGGAGGGUGGUUAUCUAAGGGAAGAACAGGUAAGGGGAGUGCCCACUCCUGGCAUGCCAUCCUACCAGGCUGUACCCCCUCUUGUUCACGGUGACUGGAAAUGCCCCUUUAGGGUUCUGUGGACUCCCCUCCUGGAGUGGCAGGCUUAUUUCAAGGGAAGACAGUGGGGUGAAGGUUGUAGGGUCCUAGGGCCAUUCCUACUUCUGGUAGCAGUACCCCCCCAAGUGGACAUCCUGGCUGAAAGCAGAGCCGUGUUGCCGCCCGUUGUGCUAUGAGCAGUCAGAGCGCCGUCUCCACAAGAGUUUACAAAUGAAAAUGGAGGAAAUGUCUUUGUCUGGCCUGGAUAACAGCAAACUAGAGGCCAUCGCUCAGGAGAUAUACGCCGACCUGGUUGAGGAUUCCUGUUUGGGAUUCUGCUUUGAGGUACACCGGGCUGUCAAGUGUGGCUACUUCUUCCUGGACGACACGGAUCCUGAUAGCAUGAAGGACUUUGAGAUCGUGGACCAGCCGGGGUUGGACAUCUUUGGACAGGUUUUCAACCAAUGGAAGAGCAAGGAGUGUGUUUGCCCCAAUUGCAGCCGCAGCAUUGCCGCUUCCCGCUUUGCUCCCCAUCUGGAGAAGUGCCUAGGAAUGGGUCGGAACAGCAGCCGAAUUGCCAACCGCCGGAUUGCCAACAGCAACAGUAUGAACAAGUCUGAGAGUGACCAAGAAGAUAAUGAUGACAUCAAUGACAAUGACUGGUCCUACGGCUCAGAGAAGAAAGCCAAGAAGAGAAAAUCGGAUAAGCUAUGGUAUCUCCCAUUCCAGAACCCCAAUUCCCCUCGAAGAUCCAAGUCUUUAAAACACAAAAAUGGGUUCUCUGUCUGUACCUCUGCAUCAAACACCCUUCCCCUUCUUUUUUCUUCUUCAGGGGAACUUAGCAAUUCGGAUCCUUUUAAGUAUAACAACUCAACUGGGAUCAGCUAUGAGACCCUGGGACCUGAGGAGCUUCGUAGCCUGCUCACCACGCAAUGUGGGGUGAUUUCUGAACACACCAAGAAGAUGUGCACAAGGUCCCUGCGCUGCCCCCAGCACACAGAUGAGCAGCGGCGAGCCGUGCGGAUUUACUUCCUUGGACCCUCAGCUGUCCUUCCAGAGGUGGAGAGUUCCCUGGAUAAUGACAGCUUUGACAUGACUGACAGCCAGGCCCUGAUCAGCCGGCUGCAGUGGGACGGCUCCUCUGAUCUCUCACCCUCUGAUUCAGGCUCCUCCAAGACGAGCGAGAAUCAGGGAUGGGGUCUAGGUACCAACAGUUCUGAGUCACGGAAAACGAAGAAAAAGAAAUCCCAUCUGAGCCUGGUAGGGACUACCUCCGGCCUAGGCUCCAACAAGAAGAAAAAGCCAAAGCCACCGGCACCCCCGACGCCCAGCAUCUACGAUGACAUCAACUGACUUGGGUGCAAGGGAUAGCCUUUGGCUAAGCAGAGCCCUCUCUCCCAACCCCCACCCAGGUGGCAUAACCUGGCAAAUGGACGGCUGCUGGGGGUCUGGGCUUGAGAAGCUUGGUGGGCCAGGCAGGCAGAGGAUCCAAUUAUGCGCCCCUGGGGGGUGUCAGGGUCCUCUGCGACGGAGCACGACCCCUCGGCAUGCAGGACUCAGACCUGGACAUACUAUGCCUUUGGACAUAAGUUUGGUGGGGAGGCGGUUUUCAUAUUUAUUCUGAGUUACUGGAUGUCCAGCUAGGCCAGGGGCCUGACCUGGGCACGCUGCCAGGGCACUGCCUGCCCCCCACCCCAGGAACUGGACUAAGCCCUGCCGAGGAGCAUUAUGGCUACCCGGGAGGCUGUGGGUUAGAAGCUGAGCCUGGAGGGGGCCUCCCCCAGCCGCCCUCAGCAAUGUGAAUGGGUCCGGUGCUUGGAGCUGAGGGGCAGGGCUGGGCGUGUCCUGUCUGUGUGCAGAAUCCUAUCAAAUGCCCCAAGUCCCAGGGGUAGGCAGGCACAGCAAGCUGUCUGCUGAGGUAGGCAUCCAGAACUGCCGCCGCCUUCCCUGCCCCUCACAGGGGCAGCCCUUUCCCCUCAGUCCCCAUGGGCCUCAUCGGCAGCAGGAGCUGUCCUUUUGUUGGGUGCCAGGAAAGGGCCUCCAGCCUCUACAGCUUCAAAGAACGGGUUAGGGGAGGGUAGGAAGAGGGAGCUGUGUAUCAAAUAAUGACUCCCCCUACCUUUUCUCCCUGACCCAGGGCUGGUGAGGAGUGGGGCCCCAAGGUGAGAGGGAACGGUGCUGCUUUAUUUGAAAUGUUUUCUUACCUCAUUCCCUGCCCCAGGAAGGGGCUCAGCCUCACCCUCCUGGGGUGGCCCCAUGUUCCUCCUGCCUACCCUGCCCCACUGCCCUUCCAGGGCAGCCCAUGUUCCCAACUGCUGCUUGCUAACCCCCCUCUUUCACCUUGACCAGCUUCAGUUCCUCUCUCGAUGCUCCUGCCUCCGAAGCCUGCCCUGUUUCCCCUUCCUUAGCCGCUUUUAAGUUAUUUAUUCUGUACUUGUGGUUUGGGGCUCUGAGGAAAAUCCUGAUCUUUUUACCUCUUCCCCUUUGCUAGGGAGUAGGGCAGGAAGAGAGGGUAGUCUCGUGCUCUGGGUUACCGUUGGAGAGGAAGGGGUGUCGUGUCUAGGCAUUGCCCCUCUGGACUGUCACGCCAGUGUGCCCACCUGCCUGGUCUACAUCCUGAAGAGAUGUACCGUCCCACCUCCACGUGGGCACCAUCACUCCCAGGAGCCGAGCUGGAGGAAUGCAGUUGGGGCUGGGAGCAGAGCUGACUGUCACGGGUGGAGCUACCCUAAGCCAAGUUCUCUGGCAUUUGCUGGAUGUGUCCCCUGCCCUCCUCUCAGGAGGAGUUACCCCACAUUGGGUAGCAAGUACCCAGGACUGGUUGGACCGAUUUGGGUUAGGGGUCCUAGAGGGUUAAGGGAACAACAGGGGUGGGGUUGUAGCACCCUGUCUGGAACCCUGACCUCCCCCUGGGGUGGUUCUGCUUGUGGCUGAAGUCUGGUUACAAAUUGGUUUUUAACCCAAGAAUUGUGAUUAUUUUUUAAAAAAGCCAAACAGAUUUUGGCAGGAGUUAGAAUAAAUCCUGGGGCCUGGGCUCCUCUGUUCUUGAACCUCCAUAGUCUUCUCCCUCUGAGGGGAAGCCAGAGGGAAAGGAGGAUCUCAGCUAGUCUCCAGCCUGCUUCCAAAUGACCUCUUGGAAGUAGGUUGAAGGUGAAGGGAGGAAGGCCAGGGGCCAUUCUUCCUUCUGAGAGGCAGCUGCAGUUCAGGCCCUAAUAUAUACCCUUUCCCCCUUCUGGUUGGAGGAGGGAGAAGUGGGAAGUAGUUUGGGAACUGGUUUGUCCACAUCCACUUCCCCAUUGUUCCCCGGCCCACCCUCAGGGCAGAGCCCCCUGCCCAGGCUGGGUAAGAGGUGGGCUCGGUCCAGCAGGGACCCUGAGGGAACAAAUCCCUUUCCUUCCUGGGAGAGUCUGCCCCCCUACCAUGUAGUUUAACAGGGGCUAGGAGCUCCCCCACUCCCCUCCCUCUAACAGCAGGCUGUGUGGGUUUCAAUUCCCAUCCUUCCCAACCUGGCUAGGUGUCGUCCACCCUGUAUCCUAUCAUGUGUCUGAGUGUGUGUGGGGGGGUUCUGUACUAAUUUCCAUGGCCGGUGGCUUUUCCUUCCAUGCAUCACUCCCCCCCGCAUGCCCAGGGGCCACCCGCCUGGCAUUACCGCAUGCUGGGGUCAUUGGGGGAGGGGGGGUGGGGCUCACGCUGUCCUGUGGUCUUGAGAUUUUUAUUUUUGCAUAUGUAAUCCAUCUUGUACAGGUAGCUAACUUUGUAAACGCUGUGUAUUUCCCCUGCCCCCAUGGCUGCUGGUGUAAAUAAAUUGCAUCUCCCAUUGGUAGCGGGGCCUACCCACCCUCAUUACCAUGUUGCUGGGGGCAAAGCCAUUCUCUUAAUACCACAGGAGGCUCCAUAGCCACAAAAUGGAACUUUAUUCAGUCACAGACACUGCCCCACCCACCCCCAUCCAAGGCCCCCAGAGGCAAGGGCCAGGGGCACAGUGCUCCAUACUCAGCGCUCCUCCUUGGAGCUGGGCAGGGCAGGCCACUGGCCAAGGGCCAGAGCCAUUUCUUGCAUACAGCCUUAGGCCUAGGGUAGCAGCAGCUGUGGCCUGGCUUCUCCCAAUGGUGGGGGCUUGGCUUUGUGCCCCAAUCCCCUUCCUGACAGCUCUCUAAAGGACUAUUAAAAAAAAAAAAAAAAAAAAGCAAA